GGUAUUACAUUGUGAGAUUGUUAGCUGAAAUAGAUUAUCCCAAUAAAGAUGCUUAAGUAUAUAAACUGUCCUCGUCACUUGUAUCUCUGAAAACAAUCUUCACUGCUCCUCCUCUUCCCCAAAACAUAAUCUACACAACGACAUUAACCAUGAGUUCUGAAGUGGUUAUGGUGGAUGAAGCCCCUUUUCCUUCACAGAUCACUACCUCCAAGCAUUUGUCUCUGCUUGGUCAUGGAAUCACAGACAUAGAAAUACACUUUCUCCAGAUUAAGUUCACAGCAAUUGGUGUUUACAUUGACCCUGAAAUUGUUGGGCAUUUGCAAAAAUGGAGGGGAAAACCUGGAAAUCAUCUAGCAGAAGAUGAUGACUUCUUUGACGCUCUUAUUGAUGCUCCUGUGGACAAGUUGAUAAGGGUUGUGGUGAUCAAGGAAAUUAAAGGAUCCCAAUAUGGGGUGCAGCUAGAGAGUGCUGUGAGAGACAGAUUGGCAGCAGAUGAUAAAUAUGAAGAGGAGGAGGAAGAAGCCUUGGAGAAAAUUGUUGAAUUUUUCCAGUCCAAAUACCUCAAGAAACACUCUGUUAUAACAUAUCAAUUUUCAGUUUCUCCACCUGCUGCUGAGAUUGUAUUUAGCACAGAAGGGAAAGAGGAAGCAAAGAUGAAGGUGGAGAAUAAAAAUGUUGUGGAGAUGAUCAAGAGAUGGUAGUUGGGUGGAACUAGGGGGGUGUCUGCCACAACCAUUUCCUCCCUGGCCAGUAACCUUUCCACCCAUUUGUCUAAAUGAAAAUGAGCUUUCUGGGUUGAUUUUGUUUGUGUGCUUGGGAAUUGGGAUCGAUCAAAGUUUGUACCUUUUUACUUCACAUGUGCGGUGAGCCUCCUUCUCGUGCUUAUGCAUCUCCCUCAAUAAAAUUCCGUCCAUUUUAAGACUCUUUUUAAA